AAUAAAUAGUGAAAUAUGUAAGAAAUUUCUAAACCUUUUCUGGAAAGAUCUCCUUGCCUAAAUCGGAAAUAUCUGAUUUCCUUACUUGGAACUAUCUAGUUGCCUCAAAUUGACGUGGUCAACGCUUUUCAUCGAAAAGAACCUGCAGUCGUCAAUAAAUGACGCAUGCAAUCUCUUGAAGAUUCCUCCUUUGCUUAUCCGGUCAUAUAUUGACGACCUCGCUGGAUUUGUAAGCUGUUUUACCGAUCACGUUCUACUGCGAUGAGUUGCUUGUGAUCGAUUGACGAGAUGAAGUAUAAAACCCACAACUCCCAGUCCCUAAACAUAUCUUUUUCUACAUUCCUAAACUACCAGCAGACAGAACUUCACACUUCGUUAUUAAAACCAAAAACAGUACAAAGUUACAUUAUUUUACUUCCAGACUUCUCCGAUCAUGACUGAAACACGCCUUUUCCAGCCGUUGAAAAUAGGCAACAUGGAAAUAAAGCAUCGGAUCGCGAUGGCUCCGCUCACUCGCCUGCGAGCAACCGAUGAGCGUGUGCCGACACCUCUGAUGAAGAUGUACUACAGCCAACGGGCUUCUACUCCUGGCACUUUGAUUAUUGCUGAGGGCACUUUGAUAUCACCUUCAGCCGCCGGCGGAUUCUCCAACACGCCCGGAAUAUGGAGUGAAGAACAAGUUGCUGCCUGGAGAACAAUCACUGAUGAAGUCCAUCGGAAAGGCUGUUUCAUAUUCUGUCAAAUAUUUGCAAUGGGUCGUGCUGCAAAGGUUGAAGUGGCUAGAAAAGAGGGUGUGAACAUCAUGGGACCCAGCGCCAUUCCAAUUGAAGAAGGCGCCGCGAUACCACAGCCUAUGACCAUUGCAGAGAUCAAGAAAACAAUUGAAGAGUUCGUGACUGCCUCGGAGAAUGCUAUUCGCGCAGGCUUUGAUGGAGUCGAGUGCCACGGUGCGAACGGCUACCUUGCUGAUCAGUUUCUUCAAGAUGUGAGCAACGAGCGCCAAGACGAGUAUGGUGGGAGCGUGGAAAAUAGGUCUCGCUUUCUCCAUGAGAUCUUGAAGGCCGUUGCCCGUGCUAUUGGCCCUAAGCGUGUUGGCAUUCGCCUCAGCCCGUGGAGUGUAUUCCAGGGCAUGAGGAUGGAGAACCCCAUCCCACAAUUUGCCGAUAUCAUUGACAAAGCUAACCGGUUAAAUCUGGCGUAUCUUCACUUGGUCGAGUCAAGGGUAUCUGGGAGCGAGAAUUACGAAUGCAAAGAGCGGCUAGAUUUUGCAUACAGGCUCUGGGAUGGGCCUUUGCUGGUCGCUGGUGGAUACAGGCCGGCAGAUGCACUCAAACUGGUUGAGGAAGAAUAUCCAAACAAGGACAUUGUUGUCGUUUUUGGGCGAAACUUCAUUUCAAACCCUGAUCUGGUGUAUCGAAUCAAGAAGGGCCUUGAACUUAGUGCGUACGAACGCCGGACUUUCUAUACUAUCGGUUCCGCUGAAGGUUAUGUAGAUUACCCAUUUAGCGCAGAAUACUUAGCGUGUGAGCUUGUUUAGAUUUAUUCGGUCUAUAAUAUACACAUUUUAAACCUUUAGUCUAUUAAGGCUCUAGGAACAGGCACGGUUAUAACCCCAGAUAGACAAGAAAUUCUACAGGGGGCUAAUCCUCCAACAAGUGCAUUUAAAGACGAAUAUCGAUGGUCAGCCCUGAUAGAAGUGUAGAAUCAGAAGGAGAUAGAGGAUCGUGGCAGGGAUAAGAUUUAUUUUGUAUUAAGACCUGGGGAUGCUUCAACUUAGGAGAACCUGAAGAUCAUAUAAUACCAGCCAUCAACUCCUCCGAUA